AUGGACAACGAGUUCUACCUAAUUCAGCGACGGCAUCAGUUAGGACAGCUUCUUCGAGAGCGCUACAAAAGUGCUGAAAAAGCCCUGAACGAAAAACUAGUGAAAAUAGUCAAUGAACAGUGCACUCAGCACUACGACAUUGUCGACCUUCUACAGCCAUUCUCUCACGCCAAGAAUUCGACUGGCUGGGCAGACUGGCGGAAACUUUCAAGUGCGAUCCUGGCUACAUCUUCAAAGGAUGCCCCUGGACGUCACGCUGUGCAUGAUACUCUUCGCUUAGCGGAGAAUGCCAAGCUGAAUCGAAAUGAACACAAACAGCUCUUUGAGGAUGCCAACGAGGGCCACGAUGAAUGGAUCGAUGUUCUCGCACAAGUUGCCAGGGAGCUUUGGUUCAUACAGGCGUUGUUCCAUCAAGACACAUUGCAGCCAGCAUUGCCGAGAGAGCUUCUCACCACUAUGCAGCACUCCGGAACACGAAAUUUCAGACUUGGACCCGUCAACCCUUACAAAGUCCUCAAGCGCACAGCUGGUUCCUCCGAUGAGAGUCAAGGUACUUCAUCAGGCCAGCAUUCGAGCGAGGACAGCCGCCAUGAUACUGUCAUGGCUCAACCUACUGACGAAAAGGAGAAGACUCGGCCAGUCGCUGCAAGUUCUUCUCAAACAGAUGCGCUGGGAUUGGAAAUGGAGGUGCCGGCGCCAGUCUCGCACAUUUUGCACCAAGACGAGGAGGAACGUCAACUGCACAAGGACGUAGAUGAGGCCGUGCGGAGCAAGAGGUCACUGAAGCGGGAGAGGCAGAAGGAGGCGAGGAAAGCGGAGAAGGAGAGACAGCAGCAGCUGGAGCAGGGUCGUGAAGUACGAGAGGUGGGCAAAGUGGUUGGCGGCAUGGGCUUGGUCUGCUUUGGACUCUUUGUCUGGAGCAGGAUUAAACAUGCUGGCUGA